AUGUCCUGCAGCAAUCAGCCUUUAACUGAUCUUUUGUUUGGCCCACCUGUACUUAAAAACCCGCCUUCCGCCUACCCUUCCAAGGCCCCCAUCAUCACCUCGCAACUCCGUCCAACUACACAGCACCACUUAAUUACGCUCUUAUCACCCAUCUCUUUCCACACGCACAAAUAUGACUGGACGUGGCAAGGGCGGCAAGGGUUUAGGCAAGGGCGGUGCCAAGCGUCACCGCAAAAUCUUACGAGACAAUAUCCAGGGCAUCACCAAACCUGCAAUUCGUCGUCUUGCUCGUCGUGGCGGGGUCAAGCGUAUCUCUGCCAUGAUUUACGAAGAAACCCGCACUGUACUUAA